UUAUUAUCAUUGAUCACCUCUGGCGAGCACUGAGAAUCUGACGAACGAGCAAUAGCGACAGAGGAGAUCAUAUCCACGAUGGGAGACUGCUCAUUCGGAAUCACCGGCAAAGACUUUGUCAUUCUCGCCUCGGAUAUGAACGCCGGACGAGGGAUCAUCAAGAUGAAGUCGGAUGAGAAUAAAAUUCGAGCUUUGGGACCUCAUCUCGCCAUGGCGUAUGGUGGAGAGACGGGCGAUACCGAGCAAUUCACAGAUUACGUUGAGAGGAAUAUGCGGUUGUAUCAUAUCAGAAACCACAAUGCUCUCCUCCCUCCCGCGGCGUCAGCUUGGAUCAGAAGACAACUGGCCCAAUCUCUCCGGUCACGGAAACCUUACGCUGUCAAUCUGCUGCUAGGAGGGUUCGACACGACCACUUCCCUUCCUCAUCUCUAUUGGAUCGAUUACCUAGGUACCAAAGCUGAUAUUCCCUACGCUGCACACGGGUUUGGAAUGUACGUCGCCCUCAGUACGAUGGACAAAUGGUGGUUUGAAGGAAUGCCAAAAGAGAAAGGAGUGGAGUUGUUGAGAAAAUGUAUCAACGAGGUGCAGUCAAGGAUCGUCGUCCAAUUCAACUUUAAUUGCAUUCUCAUUGAUGCUGAUGGAGUCCAUCAAUUGGACUUGUCAGCUUCUGACCCCAUUGCGGAUCUAAGCAGGGCGCCCGAAAAGGCAGAAGUGGAAGUUCCCAAUCCUAUCAUCGCUGCGCCGGCUUAGAGUCAUUCCGGGCAAGGAAGAAACGAUGCGUAAGGCAUAGGAGGGAGGAGUUUGACACGCACAGACACCAUGUACAUAUGCUUUGUCAGAUAGCAUGCAACGAAUCAAACAGCACAGUCGAGCACCUCGUCAAGGGAACGCUGACGACGAUCAAUGUCUAUCUAUGCAUGCAGUU